AUGGUGCUAUUUAAACAAUUAUUAUUUAUAUUAUCUGUGAUAUUUUUACUAUUAAUUAAUUAUUGUUUUUGUCGAUUAAAUUAUUCGACAAGUUAUUGUUUAAUAGGACCUAAUUUUUGGUGUUUAAAUGAAACAACUGAAUUCUUAUGUGAUUUUCACAAUAAAUCUAUUGGUCUAUGUGGUCUUUCAAAUAAACGUUGUCAAAUAAAGAAAGGUGAUGAUUUUUGUAAAUCAUCAUCAGCUCAACAACAAUCACCAUUUCAAUUUAAUGGUGGUUUAACAGGCGUUAAUGAUAAUUAUUUUUCUUAUUAUAUACUUAGUUUUUAUUGGCCACCAACAUUUUGUCCAUUAAUAUAUAAUGAAACAAAUGAUUUAUUAAAUUAUUUUUGUUCACCAUAUACAAAUAUAAAUCAACCAGGUAGUGAACGUUUAGUAUUACAUGGUCUUUGGCCAACAUUUUCUACAUAUGGUAAUUAUCAAGGUUGGCCACAAUUUUGUUCAUCAAUAUAUAAUGAUUGGUCAUAUUGUCAUAUUGAUGGAAAUUUAUGUCCAUGGAAAAAUACAACAGAACAUGAGUUUUCACAAAGUCAUUAUGAAUAUUGUUUAUCAAUGGAAAAUAUUGAACAAUGUCUUAUUAAUGGAACACAAAUUCUUGAACCUGAAUAUGAACGUUUAAAAAUGUUAGCACCUGGUUAUUUAAAUAAAUAUAACUUAUUUAUCAAUCAUGAAUGGACAAAACAUGGCUCCUGUUGCUCAUCAACAUUUAAUAAUAAUAUAUCCAAUUAUUUAACUCAUAUGCUUGAUUUAACUGAUAUGUUUACACAACCUGGUAGUUUAACUUAUGAGUAUAUUCAACGUUAUGCUGGACAAAAAAUUGCAUUAACUUAUCUUAUAUCAGUCUUUAAUCAAACAGCAAUAAUUAGUUGUAAUUCAAAAUGUGAAUUAGAAGAAAUUGGUAUAUGUAUAAAUCGUGAUGAUCAUACAGGUUUACCAAAUAACUUCAUAACGUGUCCAUUAGGUGCACGUAAUGCAAGUGAUUCAUGUAAAGAAGAUCGAUGUGAAUAUAUAUUUAUUCCAUUACGAAAUAAAUUACAAUCAAAUAAUAUCGAUGAAGAUUUUAAUCAAAUAAUAUGGACAAAACUUAUUCGUAUUAUUUUUAUAUUGAUUUUUUUUAAAUUUAUUUUAAUUUUUUGUGGUAGUUGUUAUGCAUUUUUUUAG